AAGAAAGAGCAAAUUAAAUAAACAAAAGCAGGAGAGAACUGGAGCUCUCCUCCCGAUAGCAACAGUAUUAUUUUAGAGGUAAAAUGAUUCCUCCAAGCAACACUACUGAAGUCAGUGUGGAUAAUGUGGAGAAAGAAAAUGAACUGGAGAACACAGAUCAACCCCCCUCUCCAGCAUCUACUACCAGCCAGGAAUCAAAGCUCCAGAAACUGAAAAGAUCACUCUCUUUCAAGACCAAAAGCUUACGGAGUAAAAGCGCAGACAACUUUUUCCAGAGGACUAACAGUGACGUGAAAUUACAAGUUGAUUUGCUGCCUGAGGUGAGCACCAGCACCGGCCAGCUCCCCAGCUCAGAGAGCCAGACCUCCACACCCAUCAAACUCCAACAGCAGUCUGAAAGCAACCAGGUUCAUGUUUUCCAGGAGUACAUCUUCAAAAAACCCACCUUCUGUGAUGUCUGCAACCACAUGAUUGUUGGGACAAAUGCUAAACAUGGACUGCGUUGUAAGGCUUGUAAGAUGAGCAUCCACCACAAGUGCAUAGACGGUAUUGGACAACAGCGUUGCAUGGGCAAACUGCCAAAGGGGUUUCGGCGUUACUACAGUUCCCCACUACUCAUUCAUGAACAGUUUGGCUGCAUCAAAGAAGUGAUGCCUAUUGCCUGUGGCAACAAAGUCGACCCUGUGUAUGAAACCCUCCGCUUUGGAACCUCCUUAGCACAGAAGACCAAGAGGGGCAGCUCUGGAAGUGGAUCUGAUUCACCCAAACGGAACUCUACUUCAGACCUGGCAGAAGUUCCUGAGGAAGCGGAUGGUUCAGGAAGCAUGUUUGAUAUAAACAGGAAACGCAGCAACAGUGUGUUUACCUACUCAGAAAAUGGAACAGAAGACUUCGGAGAAGAAUCAAAAAGGAUAAACUCCCUGGGACCUCUUUAUAAAGACACAUUACAAAUGCACACCUACGUUGCCUUGUACAAAUUUGUACCACAAGAGAAUGAAGACUUGGAGAUGAGACCAGGUGAUAUGAUCACACUGCUGGAGGAUUCUAAUGAAGACUGGUGGAAGGGGAGAAUUGAGGACAGAAUAGGAUUUUUUCCCGCUAAUUUUGUUCAGAGAGUGCAACAAGACGAAAAGAUUUUCAAGUGCGUCAGAACAUUUAUCGGAUGCAAGGAGCAAGGACAGAUUACUCUGAAAGAGAACCAAAUCUGCGUGACUUCUGAAAAGGAACAUGAUGGCUUUAUCAAAGUGUACUGUGGGAAGAAGAAAGGCUUUGUCCCCCUAGACGUCUUAGAAAUCAUCUGAUUUCAGCACUGCACUUGCUGCAGUAGGAAAGCUUUGCUGGCAAUGCCUGUCUGCCUCAUCUCACACUGUGUCAACCCCGCUGGGCCGUCUUGCAGAUGAUCAGGGACUAGUGAGACGACCACAGCAACAAAAAAAAGACACUUAGACUGUUACAGCAACAAGAAAUAAAAAGAUGAGGGUUGAUUAAAAGAAUAUACAUCAGGAAACCUCUAGGGGAAAAGGGGCCAAGGAAAGUAAAAGGAAUAAGGUAAGGAAUGGCUGGACUAGCUCAUUUUCAGUGCAAGAUGGCUAUUAAUUAUCCUGAUGGAGACAGACAGACACAGACAGACAGCUGUUCUGAAGGACUAACCUCAUACCUGCUCAUCUGUCUUAAAAAAAGCUGUUGGAGUAUGUUUUUGUUUGAAGUGUG